UUGAGUCUUCACAAGGAGUUUACUCAUGAUGUUUAGCGUUAUGCUCCGCAAUCGUUGAAAGAAAGUAUUCCAUAUUUAGCAAGCACAAGCUUGUCUUCACCAUGACGUUCCUAGUCAUCCUUCCUGUUUUGUCAGUCUGUGUUAUAGGGACAGCAUCAGAGACCUACAUAUUAGAUGACAGCGCAGGGUUCGGAAGGUGGUUUGAUGGAGUUGGUGGCCUAAGUGGAGGAGGAGCUACAUCAAGGCUUCUUGUCAAUUAUCCUCAGAAACAGAGGGAUGAAAUAUUGGAUUACCUUUUCAAACCUAAUUUUGCUGCAUCACUUCAUAUACUGAAGGUGGAAAUAGGAGGAGAUGCCCAGAGCACAGAUGGAACAGAAUCGUCUCAUAUGCACCAUCAAAGUGACUUGAAUUUUAAUAGGGGCUAUGAAUGGUGGCUUUUAAAGGAAGCUAAAAAGAGGAAUCCAGACAUUCUUCUCUAUGGACUGCCUUGGGCAUUCCCGGGAUGGAUUGGGAAUGGAACAAGAGAUCCGUAUCACAACCCCUCCCUGACAGCGGACUAUAUCGUCAAGUGGAUCUCGGGGGCUAAGGAAGUCCAUAAUCUAACUAUAGACUUCAUAGGGAUUUGGAAUGAGAAACCAUAUGAUGUUACAUAUAUAAAGACUCUUAGAAAGACCCUUGAUACUCGUGGAUUUGUCCAGACUAAGAUUGUGGCCUCAGAUAGUGGCUGGGGGAUAAUUAAUGAUAUGAACAAAGACCAGGACCUGGCUAAAAUUGUGGACUAUGUAGGGGUACAUUAUCCUGGAACUCUGUCUCCAGAAUUUGCUAAGAAACAAGGGACACAACUCUGGUCAUCAGAAGACUAUUCCACAUUCAAUGACAAUGUAGGGGGAGGCUGCUGGGCCAGGAUUGUAAACCAAAAUUAUGUCAAUGGACUUAUGACAAGCACCAUUUCCUGGAACCUGAUUGCCAGUUAUUACGAAGCUUUACCAUUCCCCCGUAAUGGUUUGAUGACAGCUGAGACACCCUGGAGUGGACAUUAUGUUGUAGAAAGUCCUAUCUGGGUCACAGCCCAUACAACACAGUUUACACGACCUGGCUGGAAGUACCUCCCCCAUGAUAAGGGGGUCAGUAGAUUACAAGGCGGGGGGAGUAUGGUGUCUUUAGUCAGCCCUGACAACAAGGAUCUCACCAUUGUUAUAGAAACCAUGAGCCAUGAUCAUUCUGUCUGCAUUAGACCCCCACUUCCUCCCUACUCUGUCAAACCCCAGAAUGUUACAUUACAACUCAAAGGAACUUUUGCAAAUAUAUCAUCUCUUUAUUUAUGGAAGAGCAGUUUUCAGUUUGGAAAAAAAUCCUCAAAAUCUGAUUUCUUCAGAUCAUCAGGUCAAAUCAAGGUGAUUGGUGGAAUUCUAAGUAUAUCCCUCAAUGUUGACGAGGUCAUCACCAUAACAACUGUGUCAACAGGACAGAAGGGACUGUAUCCAAACUCUCCAGAUGACAAACCCUUUCCUUUGCCCUAUAGUGACAACUUUAAUGGAUAUGCCUAUUUUUCUGAGCCUAACAACUUUGCACAGCAGACUGGGGCAUAUGAAAUAGUUAAAUCCUCAGAUUCUGCCAGAGAAAAAGUUGUUAUGCAGACAGUGUUGGAUUUACCUGUGUCUUGGUGUCAGGCAGAGAAAGCUAAUAAGUCCAUCAAUAUUAUAGGAAACUAUAGCUGGAAUGACAUGGCAGUGAGUGUUGAGACACAGAUUCCAAAGGACAAUGGGAGUUCAGGGUCGUUUGUUGCUGUAAGGGUGGAUCAAGGGGGGUGUAAUGCUUGGGAAGCCAAAGGAAUAUUCUUUUUCAUCCUCCCCAGUGAACAGAAAUAUGUACUGGCUAAUGAUGUGUCUCGUACUUCUGUCAUACACGAGGGAAUAGCCAACUUCUCUGUCAAUGGUUGGAAUACAAUUAGUUUAAUUGUCAAGAAUACAACAGCUGUUGGCAGUCUGAAUGGAGUGAGUUUAUUUAAAACCAAUGUGCCUCCUAAACCAGCCAAUGGCUUUGUAGCCAUGGGAACAGAUUCCUAUGGCCUAGCAAAUUUCGAUAAUUUUAAAAUGAUGAGCUCUAAGGACAUUGAUUUAAGUGGAAUAAAGUUACCUGAAAAAGUUUAUUCCAAAGACACAAAACUGUACUUCAAAUCAAAACAUGUGCACCAUAGCUCAAGGAAAUAUACCAUAGUUUGAUAUAUAAUUAUAUAAUAUUACAUAUAUUAAAAAUAUAUAAACUCCAAACAAACAAAACAUAAAAUCAAAACACAUGCACCAUUGCUCAAAGUUAUAUUAGAUUACACAUAAAAUUGAUAUAUUCCAAAAACACAAAACUUAAAACACAUGCUUUUUAGCUCAAGGAAUAUACCAUAGCACAUAGUUAUAGCACAUUGCAAAUAAAACUCAUAUUUCAAAUGAGACAAUGUGGUACAUUGAUUGAGUCAAUUGCUACACUCAUUUUCAAGAUGAUUUGAUUUCACGUUCCAAAUAGCAUAACAUGCAUUUACAUCAUUUAUGUCUGAAAGCUUUCAUUUUGCAAGAAAUGAUACUAUGUAAAGACUUAGUUGUGAUGUUCUCUUUCUCAUCAAAUGUGCCAUUUGUAGAACAAUAUGGAGAAACCCAGUGAACUUAUGAGUGCUGAUUAUAAUUGUUAUUAUGAAAUGUUAUUAUGCUAAAGUAUUACCUGAUUUUAUAAUUAUUUUUAUUUGUACAGUAUAUUUAUAGAUCUCUGUGUAUAUACAUGUAUAAUAUCUGCACACUUUUCUAGAGCUUCCAUUCAUUACGAAUGUAAAGUGUUUCAAAAACUAAACAAGUGUGUUAUGUCUGACUGGAAGAUUAUUUUGACAUCCAUCACUCCAGUAGCUUUGCAAUUUUGAGUUGAUUUUCAGAAAUAUUAUAUAGGUCAUUUUACACACAUUUUGUAAGAUUUUUAAUAUGUUGAAGACUGAUUAUUGUAAAUAAAGGUGCUGUACCAUGA